AUGCCUUUGAUCGAUGUGGAGGCUCCCCCCACGAGCACUGACGCUCACUAUGUUGUCUACUUCGCGUCACCAGAGAAUGGCCAAUCAUCAUGGUGUCCUGACUGUCGAAACGCUCUUCCGGCUCUCCAGAACGUCUUUGGUGCAGAAUCAGCACCUUCAGCCUAUGUAAUCCAAGCCGGCACUCGUGCGGAGUGGAGGGGCAACCCGAACAACAAGUGGCGCAGUCCGCCAUACAAUGUGACAUGUUUGCCAACAAUUGUGAGAGUGGAAAAUGGCAAGGAAGUUGCCCGUCUCGGAGAUGUUGAGGGCCAGGAGGAGUCGGCUCUGAGAAAGCUGAUUGCAUAA